GGGAGGUACCCGCUGCCUGACAGGCUGUACUCGGGGAGACAAAGUUUGUAAUCAUUGUUAGCUUAGCACGACCGCGUUUUCCCUGAUCGAGGUGAAGCAACGUGCCCGAUCAACUAUGGCUUCUGGAGAACCCAAAGCAAAGAAACUAAGACGUUCGGAGGAGGAGAAGAAAAAGGAGUCUCCGACUAAAAAGACUCCUUCCAAACUAAGUCCUAAUUCGCUCUUUGGGAUGGGAAACCCUUUAUUGGACAUCUCGGCUGUAGUGGACAAAGACUUGUUGGACAAAUACACCCUGAAACCCAACGACCAGAUCCUUGCAGAGGACAAACACAAAGAACUAUUUGAGGAGAUAGUGAAGAAGUUCAAAGUAGAGUACCAUGCAGGAGGCGCCACACAGAACUCUAUAAAGAUUGCACAGUGGAUGAUCCAAGAACCCCAUAACGUUGGCACGUUCUUCGGCUGUAUUGGCAAAGACAAGUUUGGAGAGAUCCUGAAGAAGAAGGCUGAGGAAGCCCACAUCGAUGCCCACUACUACGAGCAAGACGAAGAGCCCACAGGGUCAUGUGCUGCAUGCAUCACUGGAGACAACAGGUCUUUGGUGGCUAACCUCGCUGCUGCUAACUGUUAUAAGAAAGAUAAACAUCUAGACCUGGAGGAGAACUGGGAGCUGGUGCAAAAAGCUAAAGUCUUCUAUAUUGCUGGCUUCUUCCUCACUGUCUCUUUGGAGUCCAUGCUGAAAGUGGCGAAGCAUGCCUCACAGAACAACAAGCUGUUCUGCUUGAACCUGUCUGCACCGUUCAUCUGCCAGUUCUUCAAGGAUAACCUCAUGCAGGUUAUGCCCUACGUUGACGUGCUCUUCGGCAAUGAGACGGAGGCAGCAACAUUCGCUAAGGAGCAAGACUUUGAGACUGAGGACAUUAAGGAAAUAGCCAAGAAAGCCCAGGCUCUGCCCAAAGUCAACUCAAAGAGACAACGGAUUGUAGUGUUGACCCAGGGGAAGGAUGAAACCAUCAUGGUCCAGAGUGACAAGAUUGAGACAUUCCCUGUACUGAAGGUUGAUCCCAAAGACAUCGUUGACACAAAUGGUGCAGGUGAUGCCUUUGUAGGAGGUUUCCUUUCUGAGCUGGUCCAGGACAAACCUCUGAAUCAGUGUGUAAAGGCGGCACACUACUCUGCUAACGUCAUCAUCAGACGAGCGGGUUGCACCUUCCCCGAAAAGCCGAAUUUCAAAUGAGAUACUCCAGGACAGCUUUGCUUUCAAUCUACAACCUCAUACUCACCCUGUGAUAAAUAACUCUGACCCAUGAUUUCCUAUAUCAUUUUCAAAGCCCCCUUUUUUCCAAUCAGCCAACCGUCCAUGUUAUUAUUUUUUAAGCAGUAGCUUGUCACCACCCAUUGCUGGUCCCCUGCUGACGUGUGCCUGUCUCUGUUCUCCACUUGGGGCCGCCAGAGGAUCAUGCAGAGCCAUGGGAGAUUUGAAUGACUUUAAAAGAAUCAUGCCAACACCCAAGGAUUUGUUUAUUAUGUUUUACAUGAAGGAUCUAAACCUAAAAUCUUUUUUUUUUAUGGCUUGAUUCCAAAUGUAUUUUUGCUCUGACCCUGCCAGCGUCUGGGCACAACACCCAUCACACUCUGCUGCAAGCGGUCAUAUUGGCACCUCACCUGUCUGUUAUGUCUCAGAAGUAAAUUCUACAACGGGAGGACACCAGGAAGAAAAAACCUACACUAUCAAAAGAGGCUUUGAUACUGUAUUGAAAUGGGCAGUAGGGAAUAGUUUUUUUAUAAUGUAAUUUUGUAUCUGUUAAUGUCUUUAGACUGUUAUGAUUUUAACAGGCCAGUUAUGAAACCAAAUGUUUUUCUUUAAGCGCACACUUUUCAAUGUGUCAAAGUCUCUGCCCACUGAUUCCUGUGAUCACUAAACGCCAGCUGUGGUGUUCAUAAGUCACUAAUGUCCACGUUUUCUUCAUGCCGUUUUAAGGACAGCGGUUCUCAUCAUGAGUGCCUUUUUUCCUUUUCAUUCACCCUAAGUACUACAAAUUUCGCAAAGGCAUUGCAUCUGUUUAUGACUGGGAAAUGACAAGCUAUAUCUGUGUGGGCCAGUGGUAGCUUGUAGGAAGACAAAAUAGACGCACAAUACCUCCAAAUGCAUGUAUGGUAGCUGUGAUUGUUGGAAAGACACUGUAUUUGAGUUUUCUUUCAUAUCGAGUUGCGCUAUGCUUGACAACUUACCUUUCAUGUGUUUAUUUUUCCCUUGAAGUUGUGGCAUGUAGUCUUUUCUCAGUGUGUUGAUCUCUCCCUAUAACUUGGAAUAUUUACUCACUCUUCCAGACGGCCCAUUUUUCUUUCUAUCAGAAGUGAAUGAAAAAUAAAAUUGACCUGACUUUCAGUCAGAUAUAAGUAACGCUUAAGUUAAAAUGAGGCUCAGGCCACACUUGUGAUGUGGGGCCAAACACGUUAAAUUGUCACUAUUUACCUGAGAAAGUGUUAUUUUGUGGUCUGAGCAACUUUGAAUGCGUGAAAACAAGAUUGUCAAUUGUACAAGCUGUUUUGACAAAUGUCUGUUAGCACAGAAAUAUGCUUGUUGUCCCUCUGUUUACUAUCUGUUCAGAUACACCAAAAAGCCUUAUGUGACAUUUUAUUAAUGGCACAAAUGGUACUCAAGUUACCCAUCCCUGUGCUACAAUGCCAAUGUAAUGCCGACUGACUAAUAAAAGUUGCAAGGUAAAUCCUAUUGCAAAUUUCA